AUGAACCACAACCAGCAGAAGAAUCUACAACAUGUCGCGAAUGUCGGAGGCGCAAAGUCAAAUGCGACGGUGUCAUGCCCGUUUGCACCAUCUGUCGAAAGUACAGGCGUCACUGUUUAUACGACAAGCAUAGUAGAACGAGAACGUCUGGAAAAGGCCGAAACUGUCCUUCGGCGCCACUACACCGACAGUCAAAUCGCAGAGAUGCUGGAAGAGUCCAAAGAAGGACUACUAGCUCAAAGUAAAGCACAAGAACCCACACCGCAGAUAUCGGAACCAACACCAGCACCAACACUAGCACAAACCCCUGGGUUAGUCAGCCUGCCUUCUACCACUCCAGGAACCACAGACAAUCUCAUGCAACUGCCGACUCCCACUACAGACCCUGGCUUUUACUUGGCGGGUCAAGCCAACAUAGCGAACCUAACUGCGGAUCCUUUCCUUCUGGCGCCCAUCGGCGAAUUGGAAGCAAAUGCUGGGCUGUGGGCUGGUUCGCAAGAUGCUGCCUUUGAAUUUGCUCCAGCUACGACCGAUGAUUUCGAAUGGAACGAGCAGGAAACCUCGUGGGGGACCUAUGAUCCUGCCAGCUGGUCCAUAACAAAUCACGUCGACGGCAACCCAUCUCAAGCCAUCAUGGACGGCAUGGCUUCCUUGACCAUCGGGGACCAGAAGAGAGGUUAUUAUGGAGCUGCGUCUGGAUCCGCUCUUUUGCGACAGAUCUUAUCAGCCCGUCCAGACGGCGAGGAGGUAGACAACGAUGUUGCGCUCCACGAGAUCGAAUCUCUAUUCCAGCAGCACUCAGAUCACUCACAAUGGUUCCGCUCACAGGCUAUGCUGACCAGAGUCGCUGUCGAAAAUCUCAUUGACGCCUUCUUUGUUUUCUAUCAUCCCACAUUCCCCAUUGUCCACGAGCCUACCUUCCGAGCCCAAUACGCAGGGACAUUACCGUGCGCCAACAAAGGCCAUUGGAACACUCUAGCAAACAUCCUCGCGGCCCUGGGAUCAUUUGCGAGCAGUAAUGUGGCUGACGCAACAGACCUUCCCAUCUUUCAAGCAGCGCAAAAGAGUCUGUUUUCAAAUUACCUCGAGGUUGGCAAUCUCACCCUUGUUCAGGCAUUCAGCUUGUCGUCGAAUUAUAUGCAGAAAAGGAAUAAGCCAAAUACCGGUUUCAACUAUGGCGGACUUGCUAUUAGGCUAGCUAUCGGGUUGGGUCUCCACAAGGAUUUAGAAGGGAACAGUCUUUCACCUUUACAAAGUGAGACGAGACGUAGGAUAUGGUGGUGUUUAUGUGUACUUGAUGUAGGCGCCACCAUCACGUAUGGAAGGCCGCUGAACUGGCCUCAGGCUGGUGUCGAGACAGCGUUCCCUCAGAACAUACAUGAAAAAGAUCUCACCCAUGAUUCAACACACUGUCCACCAGAAGUCGACGGUAUAACCAUGUACACCUACAUCCGUGUCCAAUCAGCCUACCAUCUCAGCACAAUGACAGUCUACAACCGUCUCAUAACCAGCCCCUUCCCAUCAGCCACAGAACUUAUCACUCUCGACGACGUUUGCAUUGGCUCUUGGCUUGCACAAGUCCCAUACUACUACCGUACCGUUCCACCACCAGACUCUGAGUAUGGCCUUGGCAUGGGUAUUUCAGAAUGGCGUUACCGAAAUCUACGUAUCGUCAUGUACCGGCCUUUCUUGGUCAGAUGGGCGAGGUCAUCAGCACAAAAUACCCAGCAGAAUUUGACUAGCAGUGAGAAUUUGGCAGUGUUUAGAUGUCUUGACGCAGCCAAGGAGUCUGUCAUGCAUAUACAAAGUUACUGGACAUCUCGCACCCAUUCAAGAUUGGCUGCUUUCUAUAUCCUGUAUUUCUUAUUCCAUGCCACUUUGAUCCCUGUACACUGCCUCAGACAAAACCCCCAUCACGCUCUUGCGCCAGACUGGCGCUCGCAGAUUCAAGCCUCCCUUACCGUCAUGGGUGGCAUGGCCGAGGUUAACCCCAACAGCUCCAAGUGUCGCGACAUCACGCUGAAGCUUUGCUGGCCUCAUUUAAAUGAGGACGGCACGCGAACAUAUUGCGAAAACCCGACAUUUAUGCCAAAUGUGGCAGAGAAUGAAGCAGCAUCCAUCAUCAGCGGUUACAAUACAUGGUGCGAGUCCAUGACCAACGCCGGGAUUUCGGUGCCAACUUAUGAAUGGGCAGACGACAAUGAUUCAGCGCUGGGUUUCUUUUAA